GCAUGUGAUGCCUCUCAUAUCCAGCCUGCUCCGGCAGGCUCCCCGGCACCCCCUCUCCCUCCGACUACAUGUACCUCCGCCGCACCUCAGCGCCGUCCUCGGAAGACAUAUCCGACCCGCCAGCUCCGCAGCUCUCGCAAUCCGCAACCAAAAAUCCAGCCCUCUCUAUCCCGCCACAAUCAACAUCUACCGCAGCGGCACACCCGCCACGCUCAGUGUCGGUCUCACUCGCAUGUUCACGCUCGUCAUCUUCCUCGUCGGCACGACCAUCUACGCUCCCGGGUUUUACUUUUCGCCCGAACACAGCAACUGGUGGAUCCCAACCUGCAUCGCCGUUUCCGCGACGCCUGCAAUUGCAGUCUCACUACUGACGGGACCGAUGAUUCAUGGGAUUCGCGUGACGUUGCCGGAUCACGUGCGGCGAGGAGGGAAAGAUGGGUUGAGGAGGUGGAGUGCGGAGAGGAGGGGGAAAGAGAAUUUACCGAUUGAAUUGCAGUUUAUGAGAUGGGCGCCGUGGCCAAAGACGAGGAAUUUGGAAUUUGGGGAGCUGAGGAGAUUACGGCCGAGUUUGAAGGCCGGGAUUGCGAAUUUGCAACAUGUCCCUCGGGAGGAAGUGGGAAAUGAUCCGAUGGCGGCGAAGAGGGAGGAUCAUCGGUUGUUGGCGGGAUUUAUGAAGAGGUGGACGUCGAGGUUUUAUGUGAAAAGGGAUCAGGCGAUUGACCGCGCUGCGGUACCCGGAGUAUGGGAGAAUCUGUGGUAUCAGAUUCCGUUUGAGGAGGAGGGUGAGGGUUAUGGUGGGAGGAAGGAAAAGAGUAGUGAUGAAGGUGCUGCAGCGGGAAAAGGUCGCGCAGCACCGCUGAGGCCUCUUGUGCCACCUAUGAAAUCCAUUGCGAGGCCUUGACAGGAGUGUCUCUUGAGGGGAGAUUGACAGGAGUGUCUCUUGAGGGGAGACUGACAGGAAUCGAGCGUGACUUUCUUGUAGCCUGCCUCAUACGAGACAAUUAAUGUAACCUGUAGAAAACCGGAACCAACCAAUCGAAGCAACUUUGAGACGAG